UUCCGAUGGGAAACACCAUCGGUUCUGCGUCUUCUUCGGUGAAGCAGGAUGUGCCCGAGACGUGGUCGACGAGUUUUACGGAGGGCGACACCGCGGCGCACAAUUUUGAGGUGACGGGCUUCUCGCUGCUAGACGGCAUGGGCGCCGGCAACUUUGUCUCGUCGAGCACAUUCUUCGUCGGCGGCUGCGAGUGGGACAUCACGUUCUACCCCGACGGGUGGAAGGCGGGCGGUGGCGCCCACGCCUCCGCUUAUCUGCGUCUAUGCAAUGGAGAACUAGGGUUGCAGACCAACUACACCCUGAGUUUAUUGGGCAAGGAUGGCCAAGUGUUUGUGCAACGGAGCAUAGAACAUACCUUCCAGUCCGCAGGUAUUUUUUGGGGCUUCGAGCACUUUGUCCAGAAGUCCAAGCUGCGACGGCUGCUAUCCGACAACGAGGACUGUGUAACGAUCAGGUGUGUUUUGACUGUCAUGAGGAAGCAUGACACUUUGGCCAUCCCGGCCCCGCCGUCGAAUCUGCAAGAGGAUUUUGCAAGGAUGUUGAAGGACCAGGAAGGCGCGGAUGUAACGUUCAUCGUGGGUGACAAAUCCUUCCGUGCUCAUAGACACGUGCUGGCGGCACGAUCACCGGCCUUGAGGGCAGAGCUUUUGGACCCGACAAAGGAGGACCCUACAAAACCCGUCAAGGUUGAUGACAUGGACCCCGUCAUCUUCGAGGCGCUUCUUUAUUUCAUGUACACGGAUACGCUCCCACAUGGUUGUGAUCUUGAGAAAAACGCAACGCUGCAACAUUUGUUCGUUGUCGGAGUUCGAUAUGGCCUGGACAGGCUAGCGACGAUGUGUGAAGGGAAACUAUGCCAAAACAUAAACGAGCAAACAGUGGCAACCGCCCUAACUUUGGCAGAGUGGUAUGACCGCGUCCUUCUCAAAAAUGCUUGCAUCGCAUUUGUGUCGUCGCAGGAUGUGCUCGACGCCAUGAAGGAGACCAAUGGAUUCAAGCACCUCAUGACACGCUAUCCGGGGGUGAUGGUGGAUAUUUUGAAACAGAAUCUGCCGUCGUCAAUAGGGGUUCGCAAGCAGGUCGUACGGAUGCAGCGAGGCAGGACUCCUAUAUCACGCAACAUGAAGCGACGUGCCUCGCGAAUACGCCAUGCGGUUUUGCCCUCGGUUUGCGUCCUGGCGCUGGCCUUGGUUGGCUUCUGUAUUCCACAUCCACAGCGGCUCCUAACAAGCCAGCCCAUGCUUGGCUUCUUGUAGUGGCAAAUAUCUAGGGUCAAAACGAAGGGUGGUCUGAAAGAACCAACAUACAACAAUGUGUCCAAGUAUUGGAGAGCUCACCAACGUCUUCAGAAGACAAAGUCCAGUUGCUCUGGUCAUCUGAUAUACGAGGCUUUGUAUCUAGUUUUACUACCAUAUACUCUUAC